UCAAUCUUCAACACAAGUGAGAGUGAAGAAUUGCGUCAAUUUAAAAAAAAAAACAGCCCCACAUAUGAACGAUGGACCACGAGGCGGAAGCCAUUUUCGAACAUGAAACCAACCUGGGACUACGAGUGUGGCAUCUGUUGUUCCUCUGCCUCGGCUCGGUGCUGGGUAUAGUGAUUAUGCUGUGCUGCUGCUUCCGGUUCCGAAUUCCCCGUACCAAGCAGGACAUCGAGGCGGAUUACCAACGGAAGAAGCUGACCAGGAAAUUUCGCGAACGAUUGGACUGCAUGAACAAUGCCGAAAUCGACGAGAUGGAUUUGAUGAAAGCACUGGAACGAGUACGUGAGGAAUGCCUUGUAGAGCAGCAGAAGAAUGCGAAUAUUGAUAACCAGAUUGUGAAUGACAUCUACGGAAAUGUCUAA